AUGGCCCUCACUCGUCUACCCACCGAGCUCCUGGAAAUCAUCAUCACGCAUGUCUUGCCCGAGGGCUUCGAGAGCGUGGCAGUGACCUGCAGGAAAAUCUACGCCUUAUGCAUCCCAGUUAUUAGACGCCACAACGCCCUCCGCUCACGCUUCCAUCACUUUACCUACCAUGAGAACCCCAACCCGUUUCCCACCAUCGCAACAGCGGCCGAUCUGAUCAGACGCAUCGCUGUCGAGCCUGUCGUGGCAUGUUACGUUCGAUACGCAGACUCCAAGCGUGACAGCCCACGCAGCUAUAUUAUACCCCGUGGGUUUGUAGCAGAUGCCGAUUGUCGUGACGAUGUCAUUAGACUUUUUGCGAAUUGCCCUUAUCUGGAGCAGGCUGGUCUCGACUGGAAGGAAUACCUUGACAAGAUCGAAGAGGAGCUUAACCCCGAUAAACUCCCCCGCUACUCACAACACGCUGCUGCUUUCCUUUUGACACUCCUGCCAAAUGUCGAGAGGCUCAUUCUACCACAGUAUUGGAAGCCGCUCGACGCAACCAAUAAGCUUAUCAAUGCCUUUGUCCACAAGACCAAGCAGGUCCAUUCCCUCUGCGACAGGCCUAGCCUAGCCCAGAUCACCAGAUUCGAGCCAUAUGUCUCGUUAGUACCCCAAGAUCGGUUUGAUUUGGGUUUGGCAAGCCCCUUUCUGGCCCUGCCGCGUAUACGGUCUUUCCGCGGCCCCAGCUGCGUAAUCAUGGACGACAAUCACAAAAGCAUCGUACCUAAAGAUCCGAAUUACGGCUUCGGAGAGACGCUUGAAUCGGUUUCACUCGUGGCCUGUUGUGUGGAUGAAGCGGGUAUCGCCGACUUUCUCAAAGACACCAAACGCCUUAAAUCGCUUAGGUACUUACACUCGACAAAGUAUAAUGUUAGCCCUCAGUGCUGGGAUAUCUGCAGGUUUGUAGCGGCAAUUGAGCGUCAGGUGGGGAGUCACCUGGUGGAGCUUUCUGUUUCCAUUGGGAAACCAUUCGGCUCGAUCGCGCCUGGCAAAGCAUCUAUGCGCGGCUUCCCAUGCCUCCGACAGCUCGAAGUCCCUCUCGAAAUUGUGAUGUGUAAGAUUACUGCCGCUGCAUGCCGGUAUUCUACGCCAAAUGACUCUCUCGUCGGAGGCUCAUCGGACUACAAAUUGAACUGUGUUGCGCUGUUCGUUGGCGACCUUGUACCUGCCUCAGUCUCUGUUCUAUCGUUGAUCUCACAUGGGGCUGACCAUCAUGACAAGGCUCUCGACGUAAUGUUUCGGGACUUCGCCGCCAGGAAGGAAAUCACAUUGCCUGCUCUCACGGACAUCCAUCUAAUCUGCCCGAAUAUUGCGGACGACUUUGCUACAUUCUCUUACAAGCUUAGCUGUCUAGUCACAUUAACUUCGCGAGCUUCCUCCAUAAUCUACUCAGCAGAAAGCGCCAAGACAAUGCAGGAAAGGCCUGAAAAUGAAGGGCAAUUGCCAGCCUCGACAGCGGCAACAGAAGAGACGGCGGAAAAGAAGUCAGUCUAUUCGAUACCCGAGCAGCCUAGUGGACAUGGCAUGUCCAAAACUCAAACGACCCUUCUAGUCUUCGCUCUCUGCUGCUCCACCUUCCUCGCCGCCCUAGAUAUAACCAUCGUCACCACCGCCCUCCCCACCAUCUCCGAGCACUUCCACACAAACGCAGGCUACAUCUGGGUGGGCGCCGCCUACAUUCUUGCCGACGCAGCCUCGACGCCUGUCUGGGGCAAAGUAAGCGAUAUUUGGGGCCGUAAACCCGUGCUCCUUAUUGCUAUUGCCGUCUUUUUCAUUGGUAGUGCGUUGAGUGCCACGGCCGUUAACAUGGUCAUGUUGAUUGCGGGACGGACGGUGUAG